AGGUUUCAGACUUAAUACAACCGUUUUGAUGGCAAAAGGCGUUUCCCAAUGGAUAGAUUGCGUAAUAGAAUGUGUCCAGCAGCCAUGUUGUCGGUCAAUCAACUACAAAAAGGUCUUUCAGAAUGAACCAAAUUGUGAAAUAUUACAUGACGUAGUCUACAAUACAUCUGAGAAAGUAUUGGAGAGAAACUCUUUCUACGAUUAUGUUUAUCUGGUUGACCCACAAAAGGUAUGAAUUGACUGUAGAGGAGGAAUGGUUUUAACUUCCAAAUGCGGGAUAUGAUUUUAUGGUAUAUGCGGCAGUUUAUACACGAACAGAAACAAGAUAAAACGACUUUGAUUUAACGAAGGCAUUUAAGUUAAUGUUUUUGGUGGAAAAAGCAGGCCUUUUUGACAUUUAUAUCGCAAAUAUAUGUAACUGAGAUUUUUGACACUUUUAUCGGUUAUAUUUUAAAUCGCUCUCACUCCUUUUUUUUGGCCGGCUAUACUUUAAAUCGCUUUCACUCCUUUUUUUGAAAACCAAACGGUUUUGCGCAACAACUUUCUUUGUCCAAAGUGUUAUAAAAAUGCAUUAUCAGGGGCGGAUCCAGAUUGGAGCAACUUUAGCAAAUGCUACAGUCAGAUUUCCCUGCAAAAAUAUUUUUAAUACUGAAUGUAGUGAUAGUAAAAAUUCUUUAUAGAAGUUUUCUAGUUUCUCUAUCUUAAAAAAAAUUAACUUUCGCAGCUUCGACCAGAUGUGCGUAUGUAUUUUGUGAGCUACGAAUAUAAAUUUACGUUUUUACGCUCUUAUCUUAACCUGAUGUUUACCCGAAACAACGCCCGCGUUUAGGGGAAAUCACCUAAAUUUUUUAAACAUCGUUCAAAAAGCGUUCAGAAAAGUGGUCUAAAUAUAGCGAUUUGUGACGUCAAAAUGCUACAGUCAACUGGAGGUUUGACGUCAAAAUGCUACAGUCAGAGGGGGGACCGGUUACUAAAUUUAGCAUUUUUGCUACAGUCAGAUGAAGCAAACCAAUCACAGUGCUGCAAUGCGCUACAGUCAGCUACAGUCAGCUUUAGUUGCGCAAUUCGAUAGGAACUUUAGAGCGAUGAUAUUUGGCUAUAUCUGUUUGCGCUUUUAACGAGCCAAUUUCGUUCGACGAAAAGCUAAGUCGACUAAAUCGCUAAGGGAAGAUGCCAUCUGGAGCAAAGUAAGGCCGAUCGCCUGAAAGAUCGCGAAGUACCUGUGUGUGAUUUGUCGAAAUUACAAUUCAAAACGCUGUAACUGAAAAAUACAAGCAAAACCUUGAAAUUUGGCUUGUAUAUUUAGGUGGUUGAAUCUCUGUUAAUCUGAAGCUUUCUUUCAGUAUAUAAAUGUGUCUGUUUAGCGUUGUGCCGUGAAAUAUCGUUCUGCCCAUCGAUUUUAUACAUUGAUUGUAAAUGUGUUUAUAUAUGUUACACAUGUGCGGUAUGAUAUUAAAUUACAUAUUACUGUAGGGAGGAAGGCAAGUCUUAAACUUUGUACACAGUAUUAAUUAAGAAUGUAGAUGUCGUUUAAACAUUGUACUGUUAUUACGUGUUUUUGUAACUUUUUGUCUAAAAUAUAGCCUUAUUAAGGUCAAAUUUUAGAACCGAAUUCGAUGCUCAGAAUGCAGGAAAUGGUGUUUCGUCACCCCCUCUAGAAUACAUGGUGCCUCCUAAUUUUAGGAUUUUUCUACAGUCAGAUUUUUAGCGGAUCCGCGCCUGAUUAUAUAAUAGAACAGUUAUUGAAUUUGAUUUUUGGGAUAUCACAAAUUAUCAAUGGGUGGUUAUAAGUGUUAUCAUGUGAAGAAAAUUACAAAGUAUAUAUUUUUUGCAGGAAUACAAUGCAAGCUGCUUUCUUGCAGGCACUAGCUGUCUUGAUAUCAAAAAUAAAGGUUUAAGUCAAGGCGACGGAAAAUAUUUGAUAGACUCAGAUGGAGAAAGUAAAGGCAAUCCAUUCGAAGUAUAUUGUGACAUGACGUCAUUUGGUGGAGGUUGGACCAUGUGUUACACGACUGAUAGUCAUGUUAAUAUCAAGACUGAACUCACCACCACUCUCGCCCAAGGCUAUCGAGCUGACUGUAACAACAUACCGGCAAGUUUACUAUAUAUACUUCUUAUUUUCUACCAGUUACAAAUCAUCAUUAGUCGUGACCUACAAAACAAACUUUAUCUUAUUUCUAUUUUAUUUCAGUUUACUGGAGUGAUAUUUGUCGAUGAAGCAACGAAAGAAAAAGCGGCAUUUAACAAGAGUGGUCUAGCUGUUACUUUUUCUGGUAAUUAUAAUAAGAAGGCCGAUGUAUUUGGCUUGUGGACCGCACAGGGUGUUGCAUCAGCAGAUUACCAAUAUCAAAUGUUAAUUUGCGACACGGGUUUCUAUAAAGGCCUCCAUUUCUCUGGGUAUAUUGAUGGCUGCUUCAAGGAAUGUAAUAACUGGUGUAAUGACAGAUCUUCCCCAUACUUUCGCACAUCUGCACACAAACGUUACCAAGGUGUUGCUUUCAACGAAAAUGGUCAUACACAGACGUCAAAGCGUGCCAUCCGCGCAGGAAUUCGUUAACUACUAAACUGAAACGAGAAAAGAACUCCGCAAAACUUUCGAGUAAUUUAACUUAAAAAUCACAGCAGAGGCAAAUUUACGCGAACUAAACUUUCAGCUUUAGCUCGUAAUUGUCCACGUUCCAUCCUUUUGUUAAUAAUUAUUUAAAUUUAGUCCAGUUUUGUAGUAUAUGUGUAUAUAUGUGUAUAUAUGUAUUGGUAUGCAAGAUGUGAAAGUUAAAAUUAUUGAUAAAACUAAUGUUGCAUGUCCCACACAAAGACAAGGUUUUUGGGCUUAUAAACUGAAUUCGUUUGAACCGCAUGGGUUGAAUGUAAAAGACUUUGUUUGAACAAUAGAGUUAAUCAAGCGAAUUAUUAUAAUUAGGAUAUGGACAGUUUAAAUGGUUGAAAUCGCGUGUACACAUGUAAUCUGAAGAAGGGGCUUGCCCCGAAACGUAAUCAUGAAAAAGUUGUUAUAUGAGCUCUGAU